CGCUGACUACACGCACUCCUCAGCCGCGUUAUCAACCCACAACAUCGACGUCGAAUCGAGGUCUCCACGGCUAAGCCAUCCCUGGCUGACCCGUACGGCGGUCGUCAGGAUGGAAGACUGCCCCGCUCUGCUACGUCAGUGAUGUUUGCUAACACGUACUCUGCACAUCUGCAGAAGCUGUAGUAUUGAUUUUCAUAAUUGCUACAGUAGAAGCGUAAGCGGAAGCGGAAAGUGGUGUGCACAAGCGGGAACGGUGCACAUAUACCAUCAACACAAGAACGCACUAGACGCCGACAUAUCAACAAUGCCCGAGCAGAAAGCAGUGGUCGUCACCCGGUCUUCCGAUCUUCAGACAUCAGGCGGCCAGACUGAAGGCAUGAUCCGUCAGAACGCACUUGUAGAUCUCACAGACAACAUCUGCGCGUCCCGUAUGAUUGCGAAGCCGCAUUCUUCUUCAGCAAUCCAUCAUCACGAAGAUCAGGAUACGAUUGUUUUCGCCUUCUCUGGACAUGGGGCUGUGGUGAGCGACGGCGGAAAGAAGAGGCAAGAGUUAGCACCUGGCGACUAUGCUCUCAUUCCCGCAUACGCAGAACAUCAGGAGGUGAAUGACGGCGAUGAGGAGGUGGUGUGGUGCAUUGUCCGCUCCGGCAGAGAGCCGAAGGUGUGCAACGUCGAAGAUUGGGGCAAAAGCUGAAGUGUCUGAGAACAGGUAUGUGGUGGAC